AUGAUGAGAAUUGCAAUCGCAGGAGGCGGUGGUUUCGCUGCUAUCCUCGCUCACAACAUCGCUCUGACAGCAAACGCGCUGGUCGUUCUCUCGAGAGAGCCAAAACCAGAGUUUGAACAACGCUACGAGUGUCAAGUGGCCGUCGUUGACUAUGACGAUGAAGAGAACUUGAGAUUCGCCCUCAUGGGAAUCGACCUCGUCAUAUCCACCAUCCGCGGACAGGAGCAGAUCAACCUCAUCAAGGCUGCCCGUCAUUCCCGUGUCCGGCUAUUUGUCCCCGCCGAAUUCGAAGGCUGCAUUUCUCACCGACCGUCAACAUCUGACCAUCCGCUAGACUAUGGCUCCAGCGAAGCUCUUGAGCUUCUGAAACACUAUGCCAACUCCAAGUCUCGCAAGAUGGAUUACACCGUAUUCUCUUGCGGAAUUCUAUACGAGCGCUUUGCUCCAGGCGGUCUAGCAGAGUACGGAAUGGGAGCUCACCAGCAUAUACAGGGUCAGGGCAGCUACCUUGUCGACGUCGGCAACGCAACCGCCGACAUAAUCGAGACAAACGGCUCAGGAAGGCCAGUUCAGGUAUCCAUGACCUCAGUCGCUGACGUUGCUCGGUUCGUUGCUGCUGCAAUCGAGCUGGGUCCAGGCACCUGGCCGAGGGAAUUCAGGAUGCGUGGAGACAGGAUGUCUGUUCGGGACAUCUUUGCUAAAUGCAGCAAUGUCCGCGGAGUUGCCUUCUCUCUUAGGACCCGCCGAUACUCCAAACUGCAGAGUGACCUCUCUAGUUACGAACAAAGGCAAAAUUGGGACCAGUGGUGGAACAUCCAGAGACUCAUCGCCACCGCUGAUGGUCGGUACGAUUUCCGCCAAACAAAUCUCAACGAGGCUGUCGAUAUUGAGCCCGUCAGCUUCAGAGUUUGGCUGGAGUCGCAAUGGGGUUCUGGUUGA